GUAACGUAGAUAAGAUAUUUAAAAAAAAAACACCUUAUCCUUGUGGUUGGUGUGGUGACGAAGAGAAAGAUGAGUUCCGUAGGGCAAAGCAUUCUCAUGGCUUUAACAGUAACUGUUAACAAAUACGCUUCCUCCAAUGUUCAAGCUGUGCGCAGAAACGAAACCAAACGCACUUCUUUAACCGCUUCAACCACUGAUUUAAGACGCAGAAACAUCAUCUUCUCCUCCUCUUCUUCCUUCCUCGCUGCCGCUUUGACCACCAGCGAUCAGCUUCUCCAGAAGUAUUUGAAGAAGACUGAGGAAAACAAAACCAAGAACGACAAAGAGAGAUUGGACAGUUAUUACAAGAGGAACUAUAAAGACUACUUUGAGUUUGUUGAAGGAUCUACAAAGGGGAAGACAGAAGCAGAGCUGUCUGAGUCUGAGAAACGGAUACUCGAAUGGCUCAAGGCCAACAAAUGAUUGUGAUGAUGAUGAUGAUGAUAAGUUUUUGUUGUCUACGGAACUGAAAAAAAAAAAACAGUUGAGUAAUUUAUAAAUAUUAUUUUAUUCAGUGGUUGUGUUUC